UUUUAAAAAAACUACAUGUUCAUUCAAGAUCUGCCGAUCGAGAUCUUGCAACUGAUUAUUCGAGAUUUACCAAAAUAUGCCGCGUUAAACUGCAUGAGGGUCUGUAAAGCCUGGCAUGAGCCUGCUACGAUGGCGUUUUACAAGGAAAUGGUUGUGAAUCUCGGCAACAUACCGAAGUUGUCAAUAGUCUUGAACCAACGCGAUCAGUUUUCUAAACUUGAGAAGUGGACCAAAGAGCUUAGAAUUCAGAAUGAUGGUGACUAUGGUACGGACUCAGACUAUGAUUCCGAUGCCGAAGCAGUACAAUACACUCUGGACAGUAAAACAUUCUUUAAGUUGUUAUCAAAAUUACCCCAGUUGAAGACACUUAAUCUUGUAAAUUCUGCUCAAACUGAGCAUUAUAUGGAGCUUAUUGACGACGCGGAUAUAGAAGGGUUACCUCAACUUGAGGCCAUUUUACCCGGGCAUUUACCAGACAAUGAAAAUUAUUUUUUUUCGGAAAAGAAUAUGUUCAGAUUUUACUAUAAAUUCCGGAAAUCAUUAAAAAUUAUGGAGAUAAAGUACAGGCACAUUGUCAAUGAAGAAAAGACUAUGCGAGGUGCGUAUUUGUUGUCAAAAUUUAGCUGCUUAACUGUAUUAAAUAUAGAAGACACUUCACUUGACAGCAAUUUAUCUUGUGUAAACAUCUUAAAUGCAUGCCCCACUCUCGAAAUACUUUUUUUGAAACGCCAAUGUCAAGUGCCUGAUUCGGUCUUCUUCCAGAGCUUCAACCGCAAGCUCACAAAAUUGAAAAGCUUGAACUUGGAAAUCCCGCAACUCUCUAGCGCAUGCGUCAAAUAUUUAACCCACUGCGCUAUAUCUGACAAUCUGGAAAAGCUUAAUAUUACUUUAUCAUCAGAUGACAUCGUAUCAUGGAUAAACAGAGAAGAUGAAGAUGUUUUGUUGGACUUUGCUAGAAAGUUAAGCUUUGUAGAAGUUGUUUGGUUUGAUUCUUUCAAAGGUAACAGUGGGGUUACUACAUUGCUUCCAAUCCCGACAGUUAAUAUGACCAAGCUUUACUCGGUAAUGAACGCAAUCAAUGGAAAACGUAGGGUUGAAUACCAUGGAUCUUUUAGCGAUAGUUUAUAUGGAGAAACUAUGAUCACAAUGAUGGACAAUAAGAAUAUGUCAAGUUUUGAUAUUAUUAAUGGCUGUUUGGAGGAGAAUAAACUCGGUUGGCUAGUCCCUGAUACUAGCAUUUCUGUGAUCGGGCCAGAGAAAUUAAAUCAUAUCAUUUUUAAGGUGAAGCAAAGCAAGGAACCGUUUAGUCUUCACCUGUUAAAAUUCAUGAUGGUCAACUGCCCGAAUAUCAAGACGGGGAAUAUCGAAACUGAAACACCAAAGACCAGGUUAAAGUUGGAAGUAAAAGGUGCUACUUUUGACAUGCAUUUGACUGGACCUUUCCCUAAGUUUAAAAUAUUUGAUAUGAUUUCAACAUAUGUCCCUCGAAUGGGAAAUCUGGAAAUUGAAAGACCAUUUGAAAAUCUAAACGACGAUGAUGAUCAUAAAUUCUGUUUGGACUUGGCUGGAUUAAAUGAUUUGAAAGAAGUAUCUAUCACUAUUGACUUCAAAGGUCGGGAUGUAAAAGGUAUGUUCUGUGCCGUAUUUAAGUUCCCAGGCAAUGAUACAGUUCAUUGCUAUUCCGUAUCCUAUAAUCCUGGGGAAGCAUACGUCCAAAAAUUUGAUACAUUACCUGAGGCUGGUUGUGAUGAACACUUCGGUGCAUUUGCGCGCAAGGUAUUGAUUCAAUGUAAUUGGAUAAAACAGGUAAAGGUAUGUGUAACACCUCAGCAAGUUUAUUCUGGUAAAUAUAGGUGGGUCACCCGCUUACAACUAUCAUUCAUUAUUUUAAAAUAAAUUUUUCUAUCCUUGUCUUUAAAA